AAUCGCCAUGGUUAUGAUACAGGACUCGUCGUCUUCUCAGCUACGUGAGAAGCGACCAUUAAAUACGCCGCCGAGAUUCGUUUUCGGGAAACUUCACAUUCAUCACACAAUGAACGUCAUCGUAGCUGUCGGGGUGCUGGCAAUCCUUAUCAUCAUGGGAGCUCUUUACAUGAAGUUCAGAAAGGCAAUGUUCGUCAUGAUGGUCCCGUCUACAGUAACCGUGCUCACAGUUUUUGCAAUCAUUUCUAAGAGGCAUCGAUUUGUUUGGCCUGUUGUAGCGAUUUCGAUGUUUCACGUGAUUCUCUCCUGUUAUGCACUCGUCAUCUUCAGCUUUUACUUCUUCAUAAAACCAUACUACAUCCUUAUGAUCUCCAACUGGAUGUUUGAUACAAUGCAUGGCGAGAAGAACGCGGCGUUCUACCUCCAGUCACUGGCAAUGUACACGUUUCUGACGUGUUUCAUGCUGUUCAACGCGUGGCAAGCCCAUGUCGGAAUUCACUAUAUUGAGCACAUCUUCUCCGAACGUGAAGAAUCCGAGCCACAACAGCUCCACCAACCAACUAUUGUUACAGUCAACAAGCCAAUGUACUGAUUGCUCAUUUUUCAUUUUCUCUGUCUCUCUACUCUAACACUAAGCUUUACCUCUGAACAAAACUUACACGAGAAUCGCGCCAGCAGACUUUGCUGGCGCUUUUUCCGACAAUCUAACACGCCAAGCUUUCAAAGUUGUUUUCAAAAAAACGAAGAGAAACUAACUUAUUACUGAUCUCCGGAUCUUUUGCAUUUUUAUUAAUUUUAAUUUGUUUGUAUUAUAUUGAAUAAACCGUGAACUUCAAA